GUAGAGCCCUGUCAGACUAGGAUUUUGCCUCAUAGGGGCUCUAUGGCUGACGGAUCGUUUUGCUCUUCUUCGGGCAGCCCUGGCAUACUUCCGUCCUCUCCAUCGACCGGUCCUCCCGGCUUCCGGACUUCGGACGAAUGCAUACCACUUCACCAUGGCGGCGGUGACAGCUCUGCCAGCGUCCCAUCACUUGAUUCAGGUCGUCAACGAGUCAAAUUUGGGUAAAAUUGAAAGUUUCCUCAAUGAUACGGCCUACAGAGAAGCGAUCGAGAACUCUUCCAACUAUAAUACCAGACUAUGCAGAGAACGGAGACUGCGUAUGCCUUUCUUGGACUCGCAGACUGGAGUGGCACAGAAUCACUCAGCGCUAUUCAUGUCUUCUCGAGAACGAAUACCAGGCUUAAUGCAUGGCCAGGUAUAUACCUACCCAAGCAAACGAUGGCGAAAAAAAAGACGCCAAUACCUAAUGCAUUAUCUUCAUCCAAAACGAGGUGGCCGAGGUGAAAUAGAUGAUGGAGUAGAAGGAGUCGAUGGGAUCAUUGUAGGUCUUAACGACGAUAGCAAAGACUCUGCAGCUCUGAAAGACGAACAUAGCAAGGAUGCUUGGUAUUACGACGAGCAAGAUAUGUUAGAUAUGGAUGCCUUCGACGAACCUGAUCCAGAUAGCGACUAUGAUUAUGAGGAAAGUUAUAGUAGUAAACGACGGAGACGGAGACCUCGAGGUGGUGCGCAUCAUCCUAUCAGGGGACAUCCACCCUCUGUUGAAAGUCCAGGUGCCAAAAGAACAAAGGGUGGAGGACGUGGGCGCAAAAAAGCUAACUAUGACAACGUUGACUCCGAUAAGCCAUUCGUUUGUGACCUGUGCGGUGCUCGGUACAAAACUAGACCUGGUCUGGUAUACCAUUAUGGUCAUUCCCACUCUACCUCCUCUGGCGAUCCUGCUAAGGAACCAAGUCCCAGUCCCGCAGAUGUUGAAUCGUGGAGUGCAGCUGAUGUCAACGCUUUGGACCAGCCAGGUGGUACGCGAAGAGGUCGUCAGAGCACUGCUUCGUCGAGCAAUUCAACUCCACCACCUGCCGCACCUCCGGUUAAUCCCGGAGGAGCAGCAGUGCCUCAACAACAACAACAACCACCAUUGGCAGUUCAAUCGUCCGCUGCACCAUCCUCCCCCACUGUAUCGACUCCUAAGGACGACCUACAGUCGGCUGUUCCUUCUCCGGGUACUGCAGUUCCUUCUCCUUCUUCAGCAAAGCCCGAAGCGGUUCCACCAACGACACCAAGCGGGGAAAAGAAAGUAGGAAAAUCGGCCCAGCCAUCUCCAUACUGUGACUUCUGCCUGGGUGAUGCCAGAGAAAAUAAAAAAACUGGUGGUUCCGAGGAGCUGGUAUCUUGCAGUGAUUGCGGCCGCUCAGGACAUCCAACUUGCUUGCAAUUCACUGCAAACAUGAUCGUAUCUGUACGCAAGUACAGGUGGCAAUGUAUCGAGUGUAAAUGCUGUUCCAUAUGUGGUACAUCAGACAACGACGACCAGCUGCUGUUUUGCGACGACUGCGACCGUGGAUAUCAUAUGUAUUGUUUGGCCCCGCCGCUGGCAUCUCCUCCAGAGGGUUCCUGGUCGUGUCAACUCUGCCUAGCCGAAUUCCACCGGCAUGAUUAACUCAGAGAGAGUACGAAGAAGAUAGUACACCGGAUCUAUCUAAGACAACCCUAGGUCAGAUAGUGCAGAUUUUGAAUUAGAAGAUGAAACAAUAAUCUGAAUGUGUCCCUUUGAAAUCAUUUAUACAAUCGCCUCGUCAAGUAAUGAUUGAUGACAUUUGAAACGAUUCCCAGAGCUUGAAAGAAAACUUGUAUUGAAUUAAACCUGCACAUUUAAUUUUUCAUGGCGGCUCCUUGUUAUGUUCAAGCAUAGUUAAGGGAAGAUUCCUAAAUGCCCAUGUGUACAAAUAACGGUAGUGAUGUAUUUUUUAAAAAAAGAUGCAAAUGAUAUGCGAAAUUACCAGCAAUAAUCUUGACAUGAAACAAGAGAGCGAUUUUUCUGAAAAAUCUAGAGUUACUCUUCUAAUUUAGAAUCUACUUUUAUCAUCUAAGAUUAAUUGAAAAUUUGGUCUCCUGUUAUAAUCUAAUACAAAUGCUUGAAUUCAAUAGUAUUUGGUUUUGAAAUUUUCUUACUAUUGGUAACAUCAUCUCGCUAUUUGCUUGGAUUACAUUAAAUUCUACAAAAUAUUAUGACGAAAUACUCUACCAGCUACAAAGACGUAACGUUACCAAUUAUUCCAUAGUUAUUCAUAACAAUAGAUAGAACGUUGUCUGUUUUUCUGUACGUACCAUGAUACUCAAGCUUUUACACUUAACAAUAUUGUAGCUACUGGUAGCAGCAUAGAUCUAUUACAGUGACUAUUGCAAUAUUGCUGAAAAUUAUAUUAUAUUACGAAUUAUGAUACGAUACGAUCUUCUUGGUUGUUUAGCCCAGUAUUUUUAUAUUUUAUAUAUCGAGUGUACUUAAUUUAAGAUGCCAUGGUGAUUUUUGGUGCCCAUAUAAUUCUAAAGUAAAUUUUGUGUUUCAUUUUUGGAAAAUUUCAAAUGAAUAGUACAUCAUUGUAUACACGUAUUAAUGCAAAGAUCAAUGUAGAUCUGUAAUUGAUUUUAAAACUAAAUUUAUUAUGAGCCUGAAUUUGAUUUGUAUACAUUUAAUUUUUAUCGUGAUGUAUGCAAUUUUAAGUAAUAAAAAGAUUGGUUUAUACAGAAAA